UUGAGUUUUCUAAUAUGGCCGACGGACGUCAUGUAACCAAAACAAUCUGCAGAGAUCCAGCGGUGAUAUAAAAAUGUUUGAAUUCCUUUGGUUUUUGGUUAAAACAUGGCAGCUUUGUUAAAUAUCCUUUUUCCGUAAUGGAGUUUGUACUUAUAUAACUACGUGCUGAGGGAAAGCGAGAGAGUUUACCCCGAGCACGAGCAGAACGCGUUAGCAUUAGCGUUAGCGGCUGUGGCUCGGCUGUGUGACCGGAGCAGGAGGCGCUGUGGUCGGGGGGAGAGCUGUGCUUACAACCGCUGAAGAGACGGGGAACAGGAUUGGGAAGCAGCAGGGGGAAGCGGCGGCCGGUGCCGAGCCCGUGGAGAAGAUGGCAGGCAGCCCGGAGAAGAGCUGCUCCUCAGCCCAGGAGCUCAAAGAGCAUGGAAACCGCCUGUUCCUCUGCAGGAAGUACCAGGAGGCCGUCACCUGCUACAGCAAAGCCAUUAACCGGAACCCAUCAGUAGCGGUGUACUACACUAACAGAGCGCUGUGCUAUGUGAAGCUGCAGCAGUACGAUAAGGCCCUGGCCGACUGUAAACACGCGCUGGAGCUCGACAGCCAGUCAGUGAAGGCACAUUUCUUCCUGGGGCAGUGUCACCUGGAGCUGGAGAACUAUGAGGAGGCCAUCGGGAAUCUACAGCGAGCAUAUAACUUGGCUAAAGAGCAGCGUCUGAACUUUGGAGACGACAUUCCCAGCGCGCUGCGUUACGCCAAGAAGAAACGCUGGAACAGCAUGGAGGAGAAGCGCAUCAGCCAGGAGAACGAGCUGCACGCCUAUCUCACCAAACUCAUCCUGGCUGAGAGGGAGCGGGAGCUGGAGGACUACAGAGAGAAGCAGGGUGACGACAAUCUGAGCGACAGUGACAUCAGCAAAAUCAGAACAAAACACGACAAGUAUCUGAUGGACAUGGAUGAGCUCUUUUCCCAAGUGGACGAGAAGAGGAAGAAGCGAGAGAUCCCUGACUAUCUGUGUGGAAAGAUCAGCUUUGAGCUGAUGAGGGAGCCGUGCAUCACACCGAGCGGCAUCACGUACGACCGCAAGGACAUCGAGGAGCAUCUACAGCGUGUCGGACACUUUGACCCCGUGACCCGGAGUCCCCUGACCCAGGAUCAGCUGAUCCCUAACCUGGCCAUGAAGGAGGUGAUCGACGCCUUUAUCCAGGAGAAUGGAUGGGUGGAGGACUACUGAAAACAAACAAACACACACACACACACACACACACACACACACACACAGGGUUGGGAGGGGUGUGAGGGGUGUGAGGGUGGGCGGGUCAGAGCUGCUUCUGGAUGUUCGUGUGCACUUUAAACAGGGGAGCUCUGCUCUGACACGCCCCCUAGUGCUGGACUCUCUCAGGUCUCCCUCCCUCUCUACAUCUGUGUCUUAUUCUCUCUCUCCCUCUUACACACACACACACACACACACACACACAUGCACACAUGCACACACGUGAUGACCCGUGCCUCCUGUUGCUCCCUCCAGUGAGCGCUUAUUGCUGGACCGUGAGACGAGCAGUUCCUCUUCACAUGUAUCAUAGAGAUAAAACAAACUAUAAUAUACAGCUCGUGUGUGUGCGCGUGUGUGUGUGCGCACGCCGCACAUCCACAUUCAGCAGUCUGCUGAAAUUAAGGAUCUUCACCAUGUUUAAUAAGUGCAUAUUACACACAUAGGAGGUUAGUCUGGUUUAUUUAAGUUGUUUUAGAGUGUAGUUAGCUGCAGUCCGCUCCAUGUGUGUGUGAGAGUGAGUCGUGAUGUAUGUUUAUACACAACGCACAUACAGACACAAACUUCACAAAGGUUAAGAGUUCUGUAUUUUUUCAAAGAUUGCUGAUUACAGCCCGGCUAGCCAAUCAGAGUGAAGGGGCGGAGCUCGAGAAUCAUAACAGGAUACAAUCAGUUGUAACGACAGGCAGGAACUCGAUCUCGGUGUGUGGGACGAGCAUAGAGCACGCGCACACACACACGCAGUUUUAUGCCGUUUGAUUUAAAUAGACCAGUUCAAUGUUACAUUUCACUGCGAGUAUUCAAACAGGAAGUGGAAUGUCCGAGUGCAUGUUAAAUAAAUCUUAUUUUUUCUAAAAA